CAGAUAUAGGUAUACAUAUGAAUAAACAGUGAGCGCAACAAUGAAAACUAAAGAUACCAAGGUUAAAAAAGAAGUGAGGAAAGAAGAAAAAUGUAUUUGCGAAAUUUGCACUUGUGGACGACACAGAUGCAGGCAUAAUCCAGGUCAGCUCGGGCAUAGUCAGAUCCUACCUCUGGAGGAUGACCGGGGUAGGAUAGUCGGGCAGGUCAUGACCAGGGAAGAGAAGGUCAACUUUCAGCUCAGACAUGCACAGGCUGAGGCUAAAGAAGCUAUUUUCCAAUCUGAGCAAAGAAAAAUGUCUGCAACACAAUCAUCAAACGUUAUUAAAUCAAGCUCAACCAUGGAAUCAUCUAGUUCAACUGUAAUGGAAUCAAGUUCAACCAUGGAAUCGACCAGCACUGCAAUGCAAUCAGCUGCUUAUUUAUCUGGAACAGCUGUUCAAUCCUCAGGAUCAGCUGUUCAAUCCUCUGGAUCAGUUGUGCAAUCCUCAGGAUCAGCUCUUCAAUCCUCAGGAUCAGCUGUUCAAUCCUCAGGAUCAGCUCUGCAAUCCUCUGGAUCAACUUUUCAAUCCUCAGGAUCAGCUGUUCAAUCCUCUGGAUCAACUUUUCAAUCCUCAGGAUCAGCUGUUCAAUCCGCUGAAUCAGCUGUUCAAUCCUCAGGAUCACUUCUCCAACCAUCUGGAGUUAUAAUUGGCUCUUCAAGUUCAGCUUUCAGACCUAUUAAAUCUUCAAGUACUCUCUCAGCAGAAAGCUCUGCUUUACAAGCAAGCAGCUCCUCUUUACAGGGAAGCAGCUCCACUAUGCAAGCUAGUAGCUCCACUAUACAAGCAAGCAGUUCCUCUGUGCAAGCAAGCAGCUCCUCUAUACAAGGAAGCAGCUCUACUAUACAAGCAAGCAGCUCCUCUAUGGAAGCAAGCAAAUCCUCAAUCGUGAAAAGCAGCUCUUUAAUACAAGAAAGCAGCUCAUCUAUGCAAGUUAAAAACUCAGCGGAAUAUGAAAGCAGCUCAGCUCAGAGUAAAAACUCCUUUAUGCAGGGGAGCAAUGUCCAAGAAAGUAGCUCCAACAGCUUGACCAUGCAGGGAAGCAGCUCCACUAUGCAAGCUAGCAAAUCCUCGAUGCAGAAGAGCAGCUCUGCCAUAAAAGAGAGCAGUUCUUCAAUGCAGUCCUCAGAGGUUUCUUCAGUUACAAGAUCUAGUGCCAUCAUGGAGUCUACGGAGCAGACUCAGGUUUCAUCUAUGAGCUCUGGGUCCCAGGCUAUAUCCAGCUCAAACCUGGCAGUCUCAUCAUCUACAAAUGGGGUUCAAUCUUCCUUCCAGAGUAAACAAUCUGAAGCCAUGAAAGCAUCAUCAAACCUGGUGAAAGCAUCACAGCAGCUUGCCGAAACUUCUCCACUGGUCAAGCGGAGAUCUUUGUCUAAAGACGGAAGGGUCGUCUCCGACCGAUCUCUUCUCCAGAGACGAGAUGAUUCUCUAGAACGAGCAGGAGGGGCUCAGCUUGUAGAGAGCUCAGUCAUCGAAUCCGGAUCUAUCAGUCAGACUGGUAAAGUAUCCUCAUCUCGGACAACCUAUAUGUCGUCUUCGGAGGAUAGAUCUACCGAAAUCCAAAACUUGGUCGAAAUGUCGUCUUCCUCCGAAAAAUCAGUAUACGGGACGACAUUUGCCGGAAAAUCUUCGAACACGUUAGCAAUCUCCAGCCUAGAAUCAGAUGAGCAGACUGGAAGGGGCGUGGUUAGACAAAAUACAUUUACAAAAGAGAACGGGGACACGCCUUCAAGGGGCGGGAAGGAGGCCACGCCUACAGCUCGACCACUAACAACUGAAGCAAGCAAUGCUAGGUUGGUGAGUAGGGAUUGGAACCAGGAGGAGAAUGUAAGGUUGGUGGGAGGCAAGAUUAUCCGGAGUAAGGUUCAAAAAACCAUGUCUCCAUCAGUGAUUAGGAAACAUUCGGACCAUCUUGCUGUGGACGGAGAGCUUGAGUUUGAAACUACUACUGGAAACGAGUAUGGAGAAGUUAGGACGGAUAAACCUAAACUCGUCCGACGCCGAACCUGGACCAAGCAGGACGGAGAUAUGCAUUUUCAAACCCAACAGAUGGAUGAUUACAGGGGUGAGGCCGGGGAGAGGGUUGAGGUUCGACGACAUGAUGAUAAUCUCCGGGUUGAAGGAGAGAUGGAAGGACGGAGAGGAUAUAACGAGGAUUAUACUGCAGUAGUAGGAGAUAGGGCUGUAGUUACUAGGAGACAAGAUAACCUAAGGAUUGAGGGUGACUUUAUCCGAAAGGUUCCUGAGAAAUGGGAACCCGGAGAAAGGGCCGCCUUGGUGAAACAUCGGGAUAAUCUCCUUCCUCCAGGUCCUAUAGAGGAUACAAGAGAUAAAGCUCCCUCCAAUCUUAAGGGAGAUCGGGCUCCAAUGGUUCGACACGGAGAUAAUCUGAAACCCGAGGGAGAUUUUGAGAGCAGACAAUAUCAUGAGUAUACUGCUGCUGAGAGAUCUGCUGCCAUUAAACAAACAGAUCAUCUGAGAUUAGAGGGAGAAAUAAGAGGAGUAAGGAAGGAGUACGCAACCUCUGGGGAGAGAGCUGAGAUAGUUCGACACAAGGAUAAUCUGUAUCCAGAGGGACAGUUCGAGAUUCCAGAAACACAGGCUUGGGCUCCAGGAGAACGGAGUAAAGCUGUGAGAAGAUCUGACAAUCUCCAGGUGCAGGGGGAGUUUCAAUCUAGAGAGCAUCAAUCUUUCCAGGCCGGAGAAAGGUCUGAGAUAGUAAAACAUGAGGAUAAUCUCCACCUAGAGGGAUCUAUGCAGGGACGGAGAACUGAAACGUAUCAGACAGGAGAGAUAGCAGAGAUACGGAGACACGAGGAUAAUCUUCAUGUGGAGGGAGAUUUUCAAUCCAGGAAAAGAGAAGAAUGGCACAAAGGAGAGAAAGCAGAUAUCGUGAAACGACACGAUAACUUAACCCUAGAAGGUGAUUUUGAGAAGAGAAAAGUGGAGAAGUGGGAACAAGGAGAUCGACAAACUGUGAUAAAACAUUCAGAUAAUCUCCGAAGUGAAGGUGAAGUAGAUUAUUCAACUAAAGAGUGGGCUUCCACAGGUGUUAGAGCGGAUACAGUAAAACAUCAAGAUAACCUUAAACUGCAAGGAGAGUUCGAGAGAAAGAAGAUUGAAGAAUGGCAACCUGGAUCCAGAGCAGUAAUCACUAAACCUCAAGAAAACUUAAAACCUGACGGAGAGUUUAGUAGAAGAGAAUUACCUGAAUAUGUUGCUGGUGAGAGAUCUACAGCUGUGAGAAGAGAGGAUAAUCUGAAAACUAAUACUGGAACCAUGGAAGGUUCAAGGCAGGUCUGGGCAACAGCCGGAGAAAGGGCAGAAAUCGUUCAUAGGAUGGAUAAUCUCCGAGUUGAAGGAGAUUUUACCGGACGAGCCCAGGAAGAAUGGCAUGCUGGAGAGAGAGCUCAGAUAGUUAGAAGAUCAGAUAAUCUAUACUUGGAAGGAGAAUUCUCUAGAACUGAGAAAGCAGAAUGGCAUGCUGGAGAAAGAAUGGAUGUGAUUAAACAUGCUGAUAAUCUUAAAAACGAAGGUUCCUUUGAGAAAAGAUCUGUGGAAAGCUGGCAACCCGGAGAGAGGACACAGGUUGUAAAACGAGCUGACAAUCUCCAGAUUGAAGGACAGUUUCAGAAGAGAUCUCAGGAUAAAUGGGCACCUGGAGAACGGGCUCAGGUUGUCCGCAGACAGGAUAAUUUGAACCUGGAAGGAGAAUUUGAAAAGAAACAACUUGAAACUUGGCAACCUGGAGAUAGGUUUGGAAUUAUUAGACCUGGAGACAAUCUCAAACCCGAGGGAGAUUUUGAUAGACGACCAGUGUCAACCUGGAAACCUGGAGAAAAGGCUGAAAUUAUAACUAGACAUGACAAUCUGAAGAUGGAAGGAAAUUUUGAAAAAAGACAAGAACAAACAUGGCAUAACGGAGAAAGAGCAAAUAUUGUCAGGCAUGAUGAUAAUCUACGAAUAGAAGGAGAAUUUCUCCGACGGAACAAGGAGGAGUGGAAGGUCGGAGAGAAAGCCCCUGUUGUGCGAAGAGAUGAUAAUCUUCGAAUGGAAGGAGAUUUCCAGAAAAGAUUAGAAGGAGUGUGGCAACCAGCGGAUAAAGCAUCGGUGGUGAAACCCAAUGAUAAUCUAAAACAAGAAGGAUCUUUUAUCAGUCGAGCUCCAGAGAAAUGGGCUCCAGGAGAGAGGGCUACAGUAGUGCGGAGAAGUGACAAUCUAAAACCUGAUGGAGAUUUUGAUCAGAGACCUAAGGAAACAUGGGCUCCAGGCGAAAGAUCUGAGAUGGUCAGGCGAGGGGAUAAUUUGUAUCCAGAGGGUGAGUUUCUCCGUAGAACCCCUGAUAAGUGGGCACCCGGAGAGAGGGCUGAGCAAGUCAAACGAAAUGAUAAUCUGAGACUUGAAGGAACCUUUGAGAAAAGACCUGAGGAAGUUUGGGCACCUGGAGAGAGAUCUAAGGUUAUCAAACAUGGAGAUAAUUUAAGAUCUGAGGGAGACUUCUUAAAGAGAAUCCCAGAAACCUGGCAACCCGGAGAAAGAGCAGAUUUGAUUAAACGAGGAGACAACCUUCAUCCAGAAGGAGAUUUUCUAAGACGAACUCCUGAAAAAUGGGCACCCGGAGAAAGAGCAAAUAUUGUAAAGAGGGGAGAUAAUCUUCAACCUGAAGGAGAUAUUGUCAAGCGAGGAGAUAAUCUACAACCUGAAGGAGAGUUUCAGAAAAGGCCUGAUCAAACUUGGGCUCCUGGAGAAAGAGCAAAUAUUGUAAAAAGGGGAGAUAAUCUUCAACCUGAAGGAGAAUUCCAGAAGAGACCUGAUCAAACCUGGGCUCCUGGAGAAAGAGCAAAUAUUAUUCGAAGAGAUGAUAAUCUUCAACCUGAAGGAGAGUUCCAGAAGAGAACUGAUCAAACCUGGGCUCCUGGAGAAAGAGCAAAUAUUGUUCGAAGAGAUGAUAAUCUUCAACCUGAAGGAGAGUUCCAGAAGAGACCUGAUCAAACUUGGGCUCCUGGAGAAAGAGCAAAUAUUGUCAAGAGAGGAGAUAAUCUUCAACCUGAAGGAGAGUUCCAGAAGAGACCUGAUCAAACUUGGGCUCAGAGACCUGAUCAAACUUGGGCUCCUGGAGAAAGAGCAAAUAUUGUCAAGAGAGGAGAUAAUCUACAACCUGAAGGAGAAUUCCAGAAGAGACCAGACCAAACCUGGGCUCCUGGAGAAAGAGCAAAUAUUGUCAAGAGAGGAGAUAAUCUUCAACCUGAAGGAGAGUUCCAGAAGAGACCUGAUCAAACCUGGGCUCCUGGAGAAAGAGCAAAUAUAGUGAAGAGAGAAGAUAAUCUUCAACCUGAAGGGCGAGUUCCAGAAGGACCUGACCAAACCUGGGCUCCUGGUGAAAGAGCAAAUAUUGUCAAGAGAGGAGAUAAUCUUCAACCUGAAGGCGAGUUCCAGAAGAGACCUGAUCAAACCUGGGCUCCUGGAGAAAGAGCAGAUUUGGUAAGAAGAAGUGAUAAUCUAAAACUAGAAGGAGUUUUCCAGAGUAGAGAUGAAGCUAGAUGGGUAGAAGGAGUUAGAGCUGAAAAGAUUUUACAAAGUGAUAAUCUAGUGAUGGAGGGAGAUUUCUACAAAAAAUCAGUUGAAACCUGGGCCCCAGGACAAAGAGCUUCCUUUGUUAAACAACCCGAUAACCUUAGAAUAGAGGGAGACUUUGAAAAGAGACUUGAAGGGAAAUGGUCACCAGGAGAUAGAGCAAAUGUUGUGAGACCUCAUGAUAACCUUAGAGCAGAAGGAGAAUUUAUAAAGCGAUCGCCAGAAAAAUGGGCACCAGGAGAAAGGGCUAAUAUUGUUCGAAGAGAUGAUAAUCUUCAACCUGAAGAAAAGUUCCAAAAGAGACCUGAUCAAACCUGGGCUCCUGGAGAAAGAGCAAAUAUUGUAGGAGAGAAAGCAGAGAUUGUUAAACAUGAGGAUAAUCUUCAACCUGAAGGAGAGUUCCAAAAGAGACCAGAUCAAACCUGGGCUCCUGGAGAAAGAGCAAAUAUUGUAAAGAGAGGAGAUAAUCUUCAACCUGAAGGAGAGUUCCAGAAGAGACCUGAUCAAACCUGGGCUCCUGGAGAAAGAGCAAAUAUUGUUCGAAGAGAUGAUAAUAUUCAACCUGAAGGAGAGUUCCAGAAGAGACCUGACCAAACCUGGGCUCCUGGGGAAAGGGCUAAUAUUGUCAAGAGAGGAGAUAAUCUUCAACCUGAAGGAGAGUUCCAGAAGAGACCAGAUCAAACCUGGGCUCCCGGAGAAAGAGCAAAUAUUGUCAAGAGAGGAGAUAAUCUUCAACCUGAAGGAGAGUUCCAGAAGAGACCUGAUCAAACUUGGGCUCAGAGACCUGAUCAAACUUGGGCUCCUGGAGAAAGAGCAAAUAUUAAGAGAGGAGAUAAUCUUCAACCUGAAGGAGAGUUCCAGAAGAGACCUGAUCAAACUUGGGCUUCCGGAGAAAGAGCUAAUAUUCUAAAAAGAGGAGAUAAUCUUCAACCUGAAGGAGAGUUCCAUAAGAGACCAGACCAAACCUGGGCUGCUGGAGAAAGAGCAAAUAUUGUCAAGAAAAGAGAUAAUCUUCAACCUGAAGGUGAAUUCCAGAAGAGACCAGACCAAACCUGGGCUCCUGGAGAAAGAGCAAACAUUGUAAAGAGAGGAGAUAAUCUCCAAUCUGAAGGAGCGUUCCAAAAGAGACCUGAUCAAACCUGGGCUCCGGGAGAUAGAGCUAAUAUUGUAAAGAGAGAAGAUAAUCUUCAACCUGAAGGAGAGUUCCAGAAGAGACCUGAUCAAACCUGGGCUCCUGGAGAAAGAGCAAAUAUUGUCAAGAGAGGAGAUAAUCUUCAACCUGAAGGAGAGUUCCAGAAGAGACCUGAUCAAACCUGGGCUCCUGGAGAAAGAGCAAAUAUUGUAAAGAGAGGAGAUAAUCUUCAACCUGAAGGAGAGUUCCAGAAGAGACCUGAUCAAACCUGGGCUCCUGGAGAAAGAGCAAAUAUUGUUCGAAGAGAUGAUAAUCUUCAACCUGAAGGAGAGUUCCAGAAGAGACCAGAUCGAACCUGGGCUCCCGGAGAAAGAGCAAAUAUCGUCAAGAAAGAAGAUAAUUUGAAAACUGAAGGAGAUUUUCAAAAAAGACCUCUAAGAUCUUGGCAUGCGGGACAGCGAGCUAACAUAAUAAAAAGAGGAGAUAAUUUAUUUUUGGAGGGAGAGUUUCAGAAGAGACCUAUUCAAACAUGGAGUCCUGCUGAAAAAGUGGUUGCUGUAAAGAGAGUUGAUCAUUUAUUGCCAGGUGGUGGGGUUUCAGGCGAUCGUGCACCCGUUAACAUACCGGGAGAUAACUUGCACAUGAGGGGAGAGUUUCAGAAGAGACCUGAUCAAACCUGGGCUCCUGGAGAAAGAGCAAAUAUUGUAAAAAGAGAUGAUAAUCUUCAACCUGAAGGAGAGUUUCAAAAGAGACCUGAUCAAACCUGGGCUCCUGGAGAAAGAGCUAAUAUUGUCAAGAGAGGAGAUAAUCUUCAACCUGAAGGAGAGUUCCAGAAGAGACCAGAUCAAACCUGGGCUCCUGGAGAAAGAGCAAAUAUUGUCAAGAGAGGAGAUAAUCUUCAACCUGAAGGAGAGUUUCAAAAGAGACCUGAUCAAACCUGGGCUCCUGGAGAAAGAGCAAAUAUUGUCAAGAGAGAUGAUAAUCUUCAACCUGAAGGAGAGUUCCAGAAGAGACCUGAUCAAACCUGGGCUCCUGGAGAAAGAGUAUCUGUAAAACAUCACCAGGAUAAUCUGAGGGUAGAAGGUGAGUUUACAGGACGAAAAACCGAAAACUAUGUACAAGGGGAGCGCUACGGUAUCAUCAAACAUUCUGACAAUCUAAGGAUGGAAGGAGAAUUCGCUCAGAAGCAAAGCUCCUUGUUCUCUAUGGGAGAAAGAUCAGAGGUUGUGAAACAUACAGAUAAUCUCCAGGUUGAGGGUGAGUUUAGUAAACGUGUUGUUGAAUCCUGGGCACCUGGAGAACGUGCUGCUAUGGUUAAAAGAUCUGAUAAUCUUCAUCCAGAAGGAGAUUUUGAGCGUAAACCAGCGGAGAGAUGGGCUCCAGGAGAGAGAAUGGAGGUAGUGAGACGGGAUGACAAUUUAAAGAUUGAAGGAAAGUUUGUUGGACGCGAGGCCCAAACAUGGCAAGUCGGGCAGAGAGCAUCAAUUGUUCAUCAUGAAGAUAAUUUAAAGAUGGAGGGAACUUUCUCCGGUAAAUCUGUUCAAGGAUGGAGUCCUGGAGACAGAGCUCCGGUAGUGAGAAGAGGAGACAAUCUCAAACCCGAGGGUAGGAUGGAAACUAGACCUGCUCAGGUUUGGAGUCCCGGAGAGAGAGCUAAGAUUGUCCGACAUAAUGACAAUCUCCACGUUGACGGAGAACUUAAUGUAUCCAGACAAGAAUGGGCGACUAGAGGAGAAAGGAGUGAGGUGGCGAAGCAUCCUGAUAAUCUAUACCUGGAUGGUAAGGUUGACUACUCCAGGCAGGAUUAUGCUACUAGAGGAGAGAGAACUGAUAUUGUCCAACAUCAGGAUAAUCUCCGGAUGGAGGGAGAGUUUGCUAAGAAAGAAAAGCAAACAUUUGUUGCAGCUGAGAGAACACAACAAGUUCAUCAUAAGGAUAAUCUUCAUGUUGAAGGAAAGUUUACUGGAAGACAGGAACAGAAGUGGGAGAAAGGAGAACGGAUGAGUCAAGUGAGACAUGCUGAUAAUCUGAAACUAGAAGGAAGUAUGCAGAUGGGAAGGACGGAAUGGGCAACUCAGGGUGAAAGAGCGGAGAUUAAGAAGGCCAGUGAUAACCUGCAUAACUCUGGAGAGUUUUACUCAAACAAAAAGAGUUUUGCAACAAGUGGAGAACGUGCCUCGGUUAUCCGUCACACGGAUAAUCUCCGGGUUGAGGCUGGAUCCUUACAGGGCAGGGAAACUUCAACUGCUGUUGGAAAAGGAGAAAGAGCAGCAGUUGUGAAACACUCUGAUAAUCUGCAUACGCAAGGAGGUAUAGAAUCCCAUAGGAAGGAUUGGGCUGUAACAGGGGAGAGAAUGGCAACCAAGAAACAUGCAGAUAAUUUAAGAGUUGAGGGAGAAUUUACAGGAAAAUCUCAAGACUAUGUCAAGCAUGAUCACGUAGAGAGAUCAUCUGUCAUCAAGCAUGCAGAUAAUCUCAAGGUUGAAGGAAGAAUGGAGAACCGGAGUUCUCUAAACCAAACGUUUAUCCUGGAUAAAGCAGAGAAGGCAGCUGUAGUGAAGCACCAGGAUAAUCUCCGUCUUGAAGGAAGCAUGAACAUGAAAAGACAGGAAGCUACUGUAAUGAAAGGAGAAAGGUUCGGCAUUGUCAAGAGAGAGGAUAACCUCAAGAUGGAAGGCUCCUUCGAAGGAAGGGUUAAAGAAGCUUCCAGUUCAAGAAGAAUGUCAAGUGCGUCUACAGGUUCACGUAGAGGAGAGACACGAGAUAAAUCUAAUAUUUGUAUUGGAGAUGAUUCUUCAGUAGCUUCAACCUCUAGAGUUAAUGCUUCCUCCAAGGUUGAGAGUUCAGCUUCGGCUCAGGGUGCCUCAACCAGUAGAUCUCAUCAAUCUGCAGUGCAAGCUUCUAGUACAUCACAACAAUUUGCAGCCCACGCCGCUAGCUCUAGUUCUAAAACACAAGUACAGAUGACAAGUACAUCCCAGCAAGCUGCCAAAUCUGCAGUAAAGGCAUCCAGUACAGUUCAAGAAUCCAGGUCUGGUGUUAAUUCCAGCUCCCAGUCUACUAGAACCAAUGUAUCCUCUGCUGUUGCCGGAGCUCUAGUUCAAUCCAAGGAAGUGUCCUCUAUUAUAACAGCGGUUAACACAGACAAGUUUGCAAGCAGUCUCAGGGAGAGCAGCUCACAAGCUGUUGGUCAGCAGAAGGAAAUAUCUGUUAUUGAACAUCAUAGGAAACAGUCUCUACAGAAACAACGAAAUGAAUAUAGUGGAGGAGGAGGAGGUGGAGGAGGAGGUUGGGGCGGUGGAUGGGGAGGAGGAGAAGGAGGUAGAAGUGGAGCAGUUGAACUAGUAGCGCAUACAGGAAGAACUGCCGCCUACGGAGGUCGAGAUUAUGAAUAUUCCAGUGGUCUGGUAGGACGCAGAUCUGAAGCGAGAACUAACGCGGAAGCUUCAGGUCGAAGUUCAGCUGCUUUUAGUUCUCAGGAAACAGGGAGCAGAGCUGCUUAUCAAUCCUCCAGCUCAACUUCUAAACAACAGCAGCUGAUCUCAAGCAGCAAACAACAGCGGCAAAUCGUAUCCAGUAGCAGUAGCAGCCGGCAGCAGCAGCAACAGCUUGCAAGUUCAACCUCUACAACCUACCUAAGCACUGCUCAACAAAGCUAUAGAGGACAGUCACAGAUCGGUGGUGAAGCACGAUACGAACGUGUGUCCCCAGGGAAAAGGAAAACCUGGGCGGAAUCUUCAAUCCUAUCUGGGGGUGUGGCUGGUUCCUUAGGGUCAACCUAUGCUCAGGAUUAUCACCAGCACAGCUGCCCCGCCAGCAAGGUUUAUACUUCAGACUCGCCUUACAAGUAUGAACGACAAAACAGCUCAGGACAUAAAAUCUUUAAACCUCAAGAUAAAUAGAGAACCUGAGAACCGGAUUAGCUAAUCCUGAUCCAGAAAAACAUGAUUUAUUAAUCCAGACCCCCGAUAAAAUAAUAUCAGAACGUUAAUCUCAACGUAUGCCACCUUAUAUACCAUUAAAUCUGAAAUAGAACCUGUUUUGAAUGAGAAAAGACAAACUGUAAAUAUAAAGUCCUUUAACACAAAUACUAAUAUAUUCGUCAACCAUAAUCUGUACAUCGUACAUUGUACAGUGUGAGGUGAUGAGCUUCAAAAAACUACAAUAAAAAGGAAAGUGCAGUUUAAAAAAAAAGACAAAUGCAAUCUAAGAAAAUACGUCCAGAAAUUGAAAUAUAAAAGUGCCGUCAAGAAAAUGAAUAUUCUUGACAUAAUUAUAUAUUGCUGUGAUAUCUUGCCUAUAUUCUCCUUAAACGCAAAUUUUGCAUAAAUUUAAAGCAAUAAAACUCAUAUUUUUUGCGUAAA